CACCGACAGGACACACUCGCUCUCCGACGCAAGAGCCAUGGCGGCCACGGGUGGAGGGAAAAUCCGAAGCAGGAGAUACCACGUCGACUCCAAGCCUUACGCCAAGAACAAGCAGCAGUCAGGCCUGAUCAGCCGAGUGACGGACAAAGUCAAGAGUAUCGUUCCCUGGCUACAAAACUACUUCAAGAACGGAGAAGCUCCAGAAGGCGAAGGAGGUGGAGGAGGAGGCGGGGGCGGCGGCGGAGGAGCGCCUGCUGCGGAUGUGACGGAGAACUGCCAGCUGCCUGCUCCCAACGCUCUUCCUCCCAACGGCAGCAAAGCGGGGCCGCCCUCCCUCGAUGGGCGCCACACGCCCGAGCCGAGUACCAGUCACACAGAGCCCUCGACCAGCCGGGCGUCCCUGAACUUUCAGGACUACGCGCUGUCACGGCCACCGCUCAGCCACUCCCACCUCCACUUCUCGUCACAUGAGGCCACCACACCGACGCUGGGCGGCGCCGGCCUUUUUUCGCAGCCCUCCACCUCCUCGGCGCCAGGGCCCUUCUCCACCGGCUUUUCGCUGGUCAAGGAGAUUAAGGACAACCUGUCGCAGCACGAGGACGACAACAUCUCCACCACCAGCGGCUUCUCCUCGCGUGCGUCUGACAAAGACGUGCCCACCUCUAAGACGGCGUCGCUCCCGCAGCUUUGGUCACCAAAGACGGACAGAACCAUCUCUGUGCCGCAGCCCUCUCAGUCCAGUCUGAAGAGGCCCGCCUUCAACCUGUCCAUCUUUGGCACUUCCGCCAAUUCGACGCUGAACAACACAAUGCUGAACUCCAGCCAGCUGGGCAAUUCCCCCUUCUACCCCGGGAAGACGACGUACGGCGGAGCGGCUGCAGUCAGGAGCGCUCGCACUCGACCCGGAACGCCGUACCAGCGAGCAUGUGUGAUCUUUCAGGCCCCGGUCACGAGGCAGAUUAGAGCCAAGCCGGCCGGCGCGCAGCCGUGCGGGGUGACCAGCGCCACAGCCCGACGUAUCCUGAAGUCUUUGGAGAGAAUGUCCAGUCCUCUCGCAGAUGCCAGAAGGAUCCCAGCAGCGCCAUCGUCAUCCUUCUCAAAGUCAGUGGAUGGCAGCAAUCUUGAAGUGUCGCAUUUCCAGUCCAAAAGGAAACGGCUGGAGUCCAAUCUCCCGCCAGUGCAGAAGCUGGUGGUCCCCACCGCCGUUUCCACCUCGACGAACCGCUCCGUCUCCUUCAGGCCUAGUUUGACCCCGAAAGGGCCGAGCCGGACUCUGGACCGGAACCCCAGAGACAAGCCCACCAGACAAUCACCUCUACUACCUGACAGAAACCCCGGCAGCCCUUCUCAAAGCACAAUUGGAGCCAGCGGCGCCACCUACCCCAUGUCCAGCACGCCCGCUGCCAGCAGCUACGGCGGCGGCAAGAUGAAGAGGGAGCGGACGACCGCACGGCCGUCCUCCAAACGCACUGAGAAUGAAGAGGUGGCUGAACUGCCAGACCUUCCAACCAUUUCACUUCCCAUUAGCACAUCCGCCUUGCCCUCCUUCAGCUUCUCCUCCCCAGUGCUUCCCGUUGCUACCGCCGCCACCGUCACUGUCACUCGUGUCAAGGAAACGGCCACAAAUAAGGCGACAAACGCUUCUCCCCCCUGUGUACCCUUUACCUUCUCCUCGCCCAUUGUCAAGGCGACUCCUGCUAGUCCCCCUAACUUCUCUCCAACAGCUGGCUUUACAUUCAGUGCCCCUGUAACAAAGCUUGGUCCUCCCAUGUCAAAUGGGAAUUUGGCCACACCCAUCGCAGCAACAGUAAAAAUAUCAACAAAUGCAAGCACAGAAGACUUGGGUGGGCCUUUCAAACCAGCCAAGACAUUAAAGCAGGGCAGCGUGCUGGACCUCCUCAAAGCACCCGGCUUUGCUUCAACGACUGUGCAAAAGUCCUCUGAGACCUCCACGCAGUCCACUGCCCCCUCUUCCACCUCCACCAUCUCUGUCUCCUCCUCUACAGGCCUUAGUGACUUGUUCAAAGACCCCCCAGGAUCGAGCUGCUAUGACGUCCGUGUGGUGCAAAACAAGUCCUCGGAGACCAAGUGCGUGGGCUGCAUGUCUCCUCAGCCUGGCACCGCAACCAAGGACAAUAGAACAAGCGCCCCCUCCUGUACGGGACCAAAGAGCAGCACAAACGGCGCCUCCGUCGGCUCGCUCGUCUCCAAAGCGGCGGCCAACUGGGAGUGCGACACGUGUCUGGUCAGCAACAAGCCCGAUUCCGUCAAGUGCGUGGCCUGCGAGACAGCGAAGCACGGCACGGGGCUCAAGGCCUCGUCUUCGUUGCCCUCCGCCUCGUCCGCCCUGGAUGAGGCUGCCAACCCCACCGCCUCCACGGUGCCGUGUGCCGGAUUCGGAGACCAGUUUAAGAAACCGGAGGGCGCCUGGGAUUGCGACGUGUGUAUGUUACAGAACAAGGCCGCUGAUAUAAAGUGUGUGGCCUGCACGAAUGCUAAACCAGGAGCGUCUGUGGCAGUUCCCCCUGAAGCCAGCAGAGCGCCGUUCGGCUUCGGGUUCAAGAAACCCGAGAACUCCUGGGAGUGUAACGUGUGUAUGCUGCAGAACAAGGCCGCUGACUUCAAGUGCGUCGCCUGUCAGGCAGCCAAACCCGGAGCGCAAGUGGAGACCAAAGGAGGUUUCACGUUUGGCACAUCCAACAGUACCUCAGAGUCCGUAUCUGGAGGGUUCAAGUUUGGUGUGGCCACGUCGGAAUCUACCUCCUCGUCGGGAGGAUUCAAGUUCGCUGUCCCGUUUGGAAACCCCUCAUCGGAACCUUCUCCUAAAGACACUAAUACCUCACUAGGGUUCAAGUUCAGCGCCCCAUCUGAGGGCUUUAAAUUCGGGAUUGCCCCUAGCGAUGAUAAAAAGCCGGAGGAGCAGCCUGCGGCCGGAGCUGGCUUCAAGUUCGGAGCCAGCGGCAGCGGGAUCUCGUUGGGGAUGGCAUCGCCCAGCCUGGAAAACGGCAGCAGCGGCUCCUCUUUGAAGACGCCCUUCAGCUUUGGCCUUCUGAAGCCUGAAGAAAAAACGUCAGCUGCGCCCACCUCGUCGGCCUCCGUUGCCGUGACGGCGCCCGCUUCCUCUCAAGUAAAGAGCGGCGACGACGGCACGUCAAGCAACAGCGCCACCGCUGUCGGCUCUGUGUUCGGGACGCCCGGCCUGGCCACCUCCGCGCCACCGGAGGGCCCUACCUUCGGAAUACCGUCUGCUGAGAAGAAGCCUGCCGCUCCCACGUUCGCAUUUGGAAAGGCGACGGAGGAGAAGAAGGAGCCGUCCGCCACCUCGGCUCCGUCUCCGUCUCCCUUCGUCUUUGGCGGCGCGAGCAAGGACGGCGACCCGGCACCUGCCGCUUCGGGGGGCUUUUCCUUCGGCAAGCCGAGCGCUCCGGCGGAGCAGCCGCAGCCGCCUGCUUUUACUUUUGGAAAACCAGCUGACAAGGGCGACGCUUCGAAUUCAAACGCCACAAAUUCCUCUUUUGUAUUGGGACAAAGUGCUGCAGCUUCUGAUGCUCCCAAUUUGUCGUUCUUCUUCACGGCAAGCAACGCCACCACGACCAGCAACACCUCAUCCACCCCGACCGCCAGUCUCUUUGGCAGCAACACCCAGGCGCCCGCUCUCUCUCUCGUCGCGGCUCCCGGCACUCUUCUGUUCGGUCAAGCCGCCCCGGCUGCCGGUGACGCUCCCCCGGCCAAAGCUUUUGUCUUCGGGCAGAGUCAGGACACGCCCUCGGCCGCGCCGGUCAACCCGGCCCCGGCUCAUACGGCGCAGCCUUUCAUCUUUGGGGUGCCCGCCGCCGCCGCCCCGCCCGCUGUGACGCCUUCCAUCUAUUUUGGAGCGUCGGUGACAUCUGCUACCCCAUCUGCAGCUCCCAACCCCUUCCUAGUCAGCUCGUCAAACACCAGCCAGACGCCGGCGUUCGGCUCGUCUUUCGGCUCAGCGUUGCCGUCGGCCGCUACUCAGACCCUGGUGUUUGGCGCCAAAACUGCCGCCGCGCCCGUCUUCGGCCAGCAGGCCAACGCCGCGCCCGUCUUCGGCGCCCCCACCGCAGCAAAUUCGGCGCAAGGCGGAGGCUUUCAGUUCGGAGGAGCCAGCGCGUUUGGGUCUGCCAACAGCACGGGAGUUUUCAGUUUCGGAGCGGGAGCGGGAGCGGGGGCGGCGGCAUCUCCAGGUCCCUCCGCCCCUAGGGGUGGCGGGUUCAACUUUUCACAACCCCUGGCAUUCAACAUCGGGUCGUCCAAAUCCUCGACGUCGUCACCCGCCAGGGAGCAAACGAUCGCCGGCCGCAAGAUACGGACGGCGGUGCGGCGCCGGAAAUAGAUGGAUGGCGCUUGUACCGACGGCUGAUCGGGAAGAAGCGCUCAACUUGGACUGAAAUUACUUUUGUUUUUGAGGAAGGCUGGCGGCUACGACUGAAUACUUGACACUCGACAACAAUCAAAGACGCCGAUGGACAUCUCUAUUUUCUUUUUUUGUAAUAAAACGACAAAAAACAAACUGCUCACUGCAGAAAUCCUGUCAAUGUAGUACGAUCGGAGACUUUCUCGAGCUGUGACGAGUGGGUGCGCUAGAGUUGCCGUAGCGCGGCGUGCUGUAUGUACAGGGAUGAGCGUGAUUGGGUGUGUUUUUGUUUUGUCCCCCCCCCCCCCCCCCAGCCCCCUAAUGUACAGACUGGAGGUGUGUGUUUGUGCGUGCGUGUAUGAGAAGUGAGCGAAUAUUAUUAUUAGCGAGCAGAAGAAUGUUUCUAUGGACUGACUACAGGGAAGGACGGAAGGCCGAAGUGUAUGUACCAUGCACUGCGGAGGAUGAUGCUUAUAUGCUUAGGACUUUGUAAAUGCAUACUUUCCAUGUUAUAUGUUUUGGGCCCGCUGUGGUUUCUCUCGCAUUUCACACUCUCCCUUUUAUCUCUCUGUCUCUCUCUCUCUCUCUAACACACACACACACACACUUAAUUGGCCUUUGAAUAUUAUAAAAACCUGUAAAUAUUAUUUUUUGUAAUCUGUGAAGUUGAAUUUUCUUUUUCUUUUGUUCGUGUUAACUGCAUUCAGCAUUAUUAUUAUUAUUAUUUUUUUUGUCUUUAGAAUUUAUUGUGUAAAUCCCUAUAUUCAAAGUUUCCCGAAUCCAUUUAAAAUUAGCUUAAAUGCAAAUUAGAGAGCCUUUGAUGACUGAAGGCAUAUUGGCUUUUCUGAUCCACUUUUGUUUGGACCAAAACCAGUAUUGUACAAAGUAUUAAGUAUAUAUUUUUAUAUUGCGUGUUUAAAUGGACGAGGGGGACUUUGGAUGAUAAGGAAAAAGUCGUUUAAUUUUAAAGCCAUGAUUAUCAUUAUUACCAGAUGAGUGAUUAAAAGCUUAAACCGUG